AUGAUCACCAACCACUUGGACAUCCAACAGUUGCACACCCCAGGGCAGCAUGGGUUUGGAACAGAUCAAGUCAGUCCUGACCUCAAGGGGGAGCUGCAUUUCUUAAGAGGUCGCGCUCUCAAUGCCACAGCAGAGUACAGUGCCGAAGCUGAAGAAGUGUUGGGCCGGGCCACUCGCUUCAACCUUCCCAGUGCCUGGAAUGAGCUGGGAGAGUGCCAGUAUAAGAAGGGUGAUCUCACUGGAGCUCUCACAUGCUUUGAGAAGGCACUCAGACUGGCGCAGGACAAGGUGUAUUAUCGCAACAUGUCAAUGUUGAUGAGGAGUUUACCCUGGAAGACAAGUAAUGAAAGAGAAGAAAAUAUUGAAAAGAAAUUGGCAAUACUGAACAAAAUACUCUGGGUCAGUCAAUUUGGAAAUGGUGGACAAGGGCUUUUGAUUACUGAAUUGUCCAUUAUUGUUGCUAUCACGGCUUGA